GAAUAAGAUAUGUAAUUUAAAUAUUUUAAAUGAAUUUCUAUAUAGUAAUUAUAUGAAGUGUGAAUUUCUAAAUAAUUUAUUUAAUUUUUGAAACUAAAUAUUUUUAAAUAAUUAAUUUUAUCCUCAUUAUUCUAUGUAUGCCUCAUGCCCAUCACAUGCUGUUUGUUUUGUAGGGAAAGAUUGGAUCUUGAAAAGAUUCCAAUACGCAGGCGUGGAGACGCUGUCGUUUUGCAUCCAAUCAAAAUCUUCCCAAAUCUCCGCCACCAGCCUAAUUUCUCUUAUCAACCCACUCCGCUGAACCAGACUUGCCAUGGGUCUAACCGGCAGACCCACCGACGGCGAACCCAACUCCGAAUCCUCGCUCUUGCUACCCACCACUGCCCCGUCAAGUCCUGCCAUCUCUCAAAAUGCUCCAAAAGACACUUUCCACUUCGCCUACAUAACCUACUUCACUCUCGGCCUUGGCUUUCUCCUCCCAUGGAACGCCUUCAUUACCGCUGUCGAUUACUUCUCCUAUAUCUAUCCCGGCGUAUCCGUUGACCGCAUAUUCGCCGUCGCUUACAUGUUGGUGUGCCUCUGCUGCCUUUUGGUGAUCGUCUUUUGCGCCCAUGUAUCCGAUGCAUAUGUUAGGAUAAAUGCUGGCCUGGCCCUCUUUGUCUUAUCUCUGCUGGUGGUCCCGGUUAUGGAUGCCGUUUAUAUAAAGGGUCGGGUCGGCUUGGAUGAUGGGUUUGAUGUGACAGUCGCGGCGAUAGCGCUUUCCGGCGUGGCGGAUGCGUUGGUCCAAGGUGGGCUUAUUGGGGCAGCUGGGGAGUUGCCUGAGAGGUAUAUGCAGGCUGUUGUUGCUGGCACUGCUGGGUCGGGGGUCCUGGUUUCAUCUGUAAGGAUCAUAACCAAAGCUGCAUAUACACAAGAUGAACAUGGUCUCAGAAAAAGUGCAAAUCUCUAUUUCACUGUUGCAAUUGUGGUUAUGGCUAUAUGUAUUGUCUUUCACAAUGUGGCACAUAACCUUCCAGUUAUUAAGUACUAUACAGAUAUGAAAAUUCAGGCUGUGAAUGAGGAAAAGAAGAAGUGGUCCCUAACUGGGGCUCAGUGGAGAUCAUCCUUGUUGGAGACUGUUGGGAGCAUCAAAUGGUAUGGUGUUGGGAUCCUGCUUAUUUAUGUUGUGACGUUGUCGAUAUUUCCUGGGUAUAUAACAGAGGAUGUGCGCUCAGAGACUCUCAAGGAUUGGUAUUCGAUCGUUCUCAUUACUGGCUACAACGUGUUUGAUCUGGUUGGCAAGUCUUUGACUGCAGUCUAUAUGAUGGAGAAUGCAAAGCUUGCCAUUGGUGGUUGCUUUGCAAGAUUGUUCUUUUUUCCUCUCUUCUUAGGCUGCUUGCAUGGUCCCAAAUUCUUUCGAACUGAGAUCCCAGUAACAAUCCUGACUUGUCUUUUGGGUCUUUCGAACGGCUACUUGACAAGUGUUCUGAUGAUGUUAGCUCCUAAAGUUGUUCCAAUACAGCUUGCAGAAACUGCUGGAAUUGUAAUUGUUUUGUUCCUUGUUGUUGGUCUGGCUGCUGGAUCAAUUAUAGCUUGGUUUUGGGUGAUCUGAUAUCAAGGCAAUCACAUGAUCUGGCUUGGGAUAGAUUGAUGAAAAGUCUACAAUCUGUAAAGCUUUGUAAAGUUAUUGUUAAUUACAAUGUCUUAAUGUAGUUAAUGGUUAAUUGUACUAAUUGAGGGGCUAGGCUGCCUCUCUUGCUAUGUGCACAUUGGUGAACCGAGAAAAGUAGUAUUUAAUAAAUAUUUAAAUUUUAAUUUUAA